AUGUUUCAGCUUUGGAAACUUGUUCUCUUGUGCAGCCUGCUCACAGGGACCUCAGCGUCCCUUCUUGAUCAUCUUCUCAAAGACUUGAAUACUGCUGUGAACAACCUGGAAUCUGUUCUUGAUAAAGGACUUGAGACCGUUGACAAUAGGCUUGAACCUAUUACCCAGGAGUUGAAGGCCGAAUUGGGGGUACUCCAGGAAACCAAGUCUUCACAGGAGGUCGACCAGAAGGUCGAGAAUGUUGAGAACUUGUUGAGUGACAUCCUUGCUACUGCUUUUCAAAUUGUGGAAAGGAUUACAGGGUUGAAAAUCAGUGACAUCAGCAUCCUGGAUAUCGAACCCGAACUGACUUCUGAUGGCAAUGGCGUUACCCUGAGGAUUCCCGUCACCUUUAACAUCUCCCUGACCCUGCCUCUUUUUGGCAAGAUCGCCGACCUGAGUGCUUUCUUUGACCUCCAGACUACUGUCACAGUUGAAACUGAUGCCGAGACCGGGGUCUCCACGGUGGUCAUGGAGGAAUGCACCGCCGAUUUACCCAACUUCUCACUCACCCUGCUAGACAGCCGACUUUCACUGGUCAACAAAAUCGUGAACACCCUGGCCAAAGACCUGAAAAAGAUCGUGUCCCUCAUAGUGGAGAAGGAGUUGUGCCCAGAGAUCCAAACCCUCGUCGAAGACCUCGAUGUGAAUUUUGUUAACGACCUCAUCGCUGAACUUCAAGAGAACCAGCAGACACAAGACGGAACUGAAGAGGGUGCUGGGGACAGUGCUGCCACCGAUCCAACCCAGGGGAAAGCCUGA